AUGACAGCGCCGACGCAUAGCCACGCAGCCGUCCUUAAUGUCCAGGAAGGACAGUUGUCACAACGUGGUCACGAAAAGUGGACCAAGGGUGUCAGGGGUCACGUAAAUCGGUCAUUCAUCAUUGCCAGAGACGGACUACCGUAUCGGAACCUCAGGGCACUAGAAUCAGCUGUGAAACAAACUGUCCAUCGCGGACGCUAUCCGACGACCGGAAGCGUAUGGACACUGAAAUUUGUCCCGAAGUGA